AGAGAGAGAGAGGAGAGGGAGAGAAGCGCGAGCGCACUGCUUUGGAUUCACUCCACUCUCUCAUCACUCACGGUGCAGCCGCGCGACCCGCACCUUGCUGGACCGCGUGAGGACCCGAACCAGACCUGAGGGAACCGGACCGAACCUGCGCUACACGCACCAUCAACUCGGACCUUUUUUUUUUUUUUUUUUCUUUACACUUUUUUUGAAGUGUUUGGAAGAGAGAAACGGGUGGGAUUCUUCUCCCGUCCCGGUGGUGCGUCCACAUCCAAAACCUCCCGGUCCAUCAUCCCUCAGUGAGCGGAGGAUGCAGCCUUCAGGGGUCAGUCAGUGAGUCCGGCUGCGCCUCAGAGGAGCGCUGGUCACGACUGACACAAACUGAGAGAAACUGGAGGAAUAACUAUUGGAUUCUUUGAUUCACAUCUGAAUCUUUUCCUUUUAUAUCGCUUGUCUGUCAUGGUUGUUUCCUCCACCUUUUAAAAGUUAUUUUGUUGUUUUAUUACAACCUCGUGGAUUUUUUUUUAUUUUUAUGAAGCAUUUUUUCUCUUUCCUGGAGCGUCUGCGUCUGGAUACAGCGGAAGAGCGCGUUUGUUUCCGACAUGGGAGCGCUCAGAGCUGGGGGCUGUAACACUUCCAGAGUGAUGCUGUCUGGCAGAGAAAUGAUGAUCCUCAAGUGGGAAGUUCUGUGGCUCCUGGCCUCCAUGCUGAUGGUCUCCUGCAUUGCUGUGCCUACCGAUGUUCUGUAUCGGGUUCCUGAGGAGCAGCCGCCUAACACGUUGAUCGGCAGCCUGGCAGCAGAUAAAGGCCUUCCUGACACUGGACAUCUAUACAAGCUGGAGGUGGGUGCCCCAUAUCUGAGAGUGGACGGCAAAACCGGGGAAAUCUACACCACUGAAGUCCCUAUCGACCGUGAGCACCUGAGAGAAUGCCAAAACCUGUUUGGUGAAAAAUGCUUCCUGGAGUUUGAGGUGUCGAUCACUGACAUGGUGAAAGGGAUCGGCUCUGGACCGCGGCUGAUCGAAGGUCUAAUUGAGGUCCUGGAUAUCAAUGACAACACACCACAGUUCUCCUCUCCCAUCCUUACCCUGGCUAUUCCAGAGAACACCUACGCUGGCGCUUACUUUCCCAUCCCAAUGGCAACAGACAAGGACUCUGGUUCAAACGGGGUGGCCGAAUACUCCCUGACACAUGGACCGGAUGCUGAUCGGCUCUUCAACCUUCAAGUUGACCCGGAGGAAAAGCAGCCACAGCUGGUGGUCCUAGGGAACCUUGAUCGUGAGAAAAAGGACUCGUAUGAUCUGAAUAUUCGUGUCGUGGAUGGAGGGAAGCCACCCAGGGCGAGCAGUGCUCUACUGCGAAUCACAGUGACUGAUCAGAAUGACAAUGUCCCAAAGUUUGAGAGAAAUCACUAUGAGGCUGAACUUCCGGAGAACAGCCCACUGGGACAUUCUGUGUUGCAGGUCAGAGCCAAUGAUGCUGACACUGGAACAAAUGGAGAGAUAGACUACAGCUUCUAUCAAGUAUCUGAGACUGUCCAGAGGCUUCUGCGAAUCGACCGCUCAACUGGUAUCAUUUACGUCAAAGGAAUGGUGGACAGAGAAGACACUAGCUUUCUCAAGUUCUUUGUUGUUGCCAGAGAUCGUGGACCUAAUCCCAAGAGUUCCAAAGUCUUAGUGACUAUCAUUUUCAAGGACCAAAAUGACAAUGCGCCAGCAAUAGAGAUCCGGGGUAUUGGGUUGCUAAUUCACCAGGACAGUGUGGCUAAUAUCUCAGAAGACAUGCCAGUUGGUACGCCAGUAGCACUGGUGCAGGUGUCAGACAGUGACGAGGGGGAAAAUGCUGUGGUGACAUGUGUGGUUGCUGGUGAUGUCCCAUUCGAACUCCAACCUGCUAGUGAGUCAGCCAAUGAUCGGAAGAGAAAAUACUUCCUGAAAACAACUACUCUCCUGGAUUAUGAACGUAUUAAGGAUUACAGAAUUGAAAUAGUUGCUGUGGAUUCUGGUAACCCAGCUCUGUCAAGCACCAAUUCUCUUAAAGUUCAGGUCACAGACGUGAAUGACAACACCCCAACAUUUUCACCGCCAUUGCUUGAAGUUGACUUUGCAGAGGGUAACCAGCCAGGGGACAAGGUGCUAGAUGUUGUGGCCACUGAUGCAGAUAGUGGUAUCAAUGCAGAGAUGAUUUAUAGCAUAAUUGAGCCCUCAGCUACCCGGCUUUUUGAAGUUGAUGCCCACUCUGGGGAGGUCCGUGUGAAAAAUACACUGGAUCGAGAGGAGGUUGAGCGGUAUGAGUUCCACAUUGCAGCUGCUGAUAAGGGCCUUCCAAGUAAAACUGGAACUGCAACAGUGGUAGUAAAUGUUUUAGACCGCAAUGACAAUGAACCCAAAUUCAUGCUUAAUGGCUAUAGCUUUUCUGUCAUUGAGAACAUGCUUCCACUAAAUCCUGUUGGUGUAGUGACUGUUACUGAUGCCGAUAAAGGAGAGAAUUCCAGAGUGACACUGUUUGUAGAUCCAGAUAAUGGCAAAUUUGUGAUCCAAAAUGGCACAGGAACUAUCCUCUCAAGCAUUUCAUUUGACCGUGAAAAAGAAAGCACCUACAGUUUUCGUUUAAAGGCUGUGGACGGUGGAGAACCACCACGGUACUCCUACGUUGGAGUGACUAUUAAUGUUCUGGAUGAGAAUGACAAUGCCCCCUAUGUUACCAAACCAUCCAACUCAUCCUACACCUACCUGACACCUGUCACACCUCCAGAAACACGCGUGGAAGUGGUUGAAGCAGAGGACAUUGAUGCUGGACCUAAUGCUGAGCUGUACUAUUCCAUCACGGGAGGAAACCCUUACGGCCUUUUCCAAAUCUCACCCACAAGUGGUGAGAUCACACUGGCAAAGGAAUUCUCUGGCAAGCACAAUGGGCUUCACCGACUUGUUGUGAGGGUCAGUGAUCGCGGCAAACCUCCUCGCCACACAACAGCAUUAGUCCAUGUGUUUGUGAAUGAAACCAAAUCCAAUGUGUCUCUCAUUGAGGCACUGGUUGGUCACAGUCUUUACACACCCCUGGACAGAGACAUUGCAGGAGACCCGAACUACGCCUACAGUCAGCAUACCAAUAUAAUGUAUGGCAUUCUUGCAGGUGUUGCUGUCGUAAUUCUGGUCAUUGUAGCAGUGGUGUUCAUUAGACACCACCUGCAGAAAGAUACUAAGAGUGGUUACCAAGCUGGCAAGAAGGAGAGUAAGGAUCUUUAUACGCCCAAGCAGGGUCCAAAAAAUGGGAAGGGAAAAAAGAGCAAAAAGCCAAAAGCUCCAAAACCCACCAAACCAUUGGAAGAGGAUGAGGAGGCCAGUCUGCAGAAAGGUCUAAAGUUUAACCUUAUUGAUGAAGUCACCGACAGCCCCAGAAUUCAUCUGCCUCUUAACUACCCACCUGGAAGCCCUGACCUGGGCCGUCACUACAGGUCCAACUCUCCUUUGCCAUCUAUUCAGCUACAACCACAAUCACCCUCUGCCUCCAAGAAACACCAAGCUGUUCAGGACCUCCCUGCAACCAACACCUUCGUUGGGACAGGCGACAACAACUCCACAGGAUCGGAUCAAUAUUCGGAUUACAGCUACAAGGGCAACCCACCCAAAUACAACAACAAACAGCUGCCCCACCGCCGAGUCACCUUCUCCACCUCCAAUCAGGCCCAGGAUCUGCAGGAUGUAUCUCAGCACAGCUACUACGACAGCGGCCUGGAGGAGUCAGAGACCCCAAGCUCCAAGUCAUCAUCUGGCCCUCGGAUUGGACCACUUGCUCUGCCAGAAGACCACUACGAGAGGACCACUCCUGAUGGCAGCAUCGGUGAGAUGGAACACCCGGAGAACGAUCUCAGGCCCCUCCCGGACGUAGCAAUGACCGGUAACUGCACGCAUGAGUGCACAGAGUUUGGCCACUCUGAUUCCUGCUGGAUGCCUGGUCAGCCUUCCCCUAACCGCAAGGUUUCCAAGAGUGCACCCAAGCUCUCCACCUUUGUGCCUUACCAGGAAAUGGACGGACAGGAGCACCCCAUGGCCAAUGGCAGCCCGAAGCCAAUGGUGACCGAGGAACGCGGGACGGGUGGCAGCGCCGGCAGCAGCUCCAAGGUGGCUAGCAUGAGGUUUAUGACCCCUUACAGCAGUGCCUAUCCGGGGACUGGAGACUCGUCUGGUAAAGACUAUGGCCUGGAGGAGAUACCACUGAGCCAGGCAGCGGAGUACAACUCCACAACCACCCCAACUGGCCAGACCUCCAAGAGGGAGAUCUACCUGUGAGGGCCAAGCUCUCUCAACUUUAAAGCCCCAAUGAUCCACAAUGCCGCUCACCUCUUCGCCUCCCACCUCCACACAGCCACCCCCUGUGCCUACAACUCGCUGUGCUGCAGUACGACUCACCCUUUUUUCCUUUUGUCAACUGCAUCACCGAACAAGGCUUUAGACCCCCACCUCUCCUGCUGCCGCCGUCGCCGCUGUUACCCUCCUCUAAAAACCAAUCAAGUGUAAAAAUAGAAACAAGAACAGAAGGAAACUCAGUUAUAGCAGCUGUGGAAGGAAUGUAAACUACGUUGUGAUAAUUUCAUGGGAAACUAUUUAGCUGAGUUGAAUUAUUGUGCGUGGCAUUAAGCUUAUUUGCUGUGUUGGAACAGAAAAAGAACAAAAACAUCAUGGGGGGGGAUUGGGAAGACCUUCUUGUAAAUUUUACUUAAGUAUACUGUGUAAUCUUAUCUAUCCUCAACUUUUUUUUUUUGCUUUACUUUAUCUUUGUCUACUCUGCAGGCCGUACGUAUCAGAUUUUUUUUAGUCAAGUUGAUUCAAUCAACAGAAACAGCUAAAGGAAAAGACAUUUUUUCAGUCACUGGAGUUGUAUCUUAGUUUUUUGGCUGUGAACAAAUCCUUUUUUUUAGUGUACAGAGCUGUAAAUAUUACAAACAGGGACAGAUGAAACUGCUGUGUCUCUCAGUGUGGAUCUGUGGCUGUUGUGCUGUCUGCAGAUCUUCACACAAUGUCCCUUUGAUGGACUAAAAGUCUCUACACGCAUGGGGGAAUGACAUCACAGCGUUUAGCGUCACGCUGCUGGAAUCUGGACUCUUGAGCAUCACCGACGGUGCCGAGUUACUACCACAAGACUUUUUUGUUUGUGUGUUUCUUCUUCUUUUUUAUCCCUGCAGUGUGGCAACAUGCUGGGUCUGCGUUUAUGUGGCGAAGUACAUCUAUUUUAGUUCAGGUUUUAUUCAAUCAGAAGAAAUCAAAUUUCAAGGUUUAUAACUUCAUUUUUAUCUUAGUAGCUGACCAUGAUAUGAUAUUUGUAAAGAUGAACAUGGUUGACAGUUCAUUAUAAACACAAACACAUAAACUACCUUCCCAUUUCAUUUUAAGAUGUGACAAUAAAAGGGUUUGUAAAUUUUAAGUUAUGUUGGAAUCAUGAAACACUGUUCAUGUUAAGGAAGAACAGGCAGAAAUAAAGAACAGAAAAAACUAAUUAUACCUUUAUUAAAUUCUAGGGUUUUAGGUUCACAAAACAGACUCUACAUAGAUUUUAUUGUGUUAAAAAAAUAAAAUUAAGUCAAAUUUAGAAUCGAUACAGCUAUACGUUGUAUUACAUCAGGAAAGUAGCAGCCGGCUGCUGCUAUUGAGAUACUUUUGGGGAAAAAAAAAAAAAACAUAUCUUGUAACAAAGAUGGCUUCCUUCACUCCUAUUUCAAACCAUCUGUCUUCUUUGUCCAAUUUGUGAACUUAAUGGUCAUCAAUGGUAUGUCCUCUUGUUGGGAUGCAAGUGUACAGUAGAAACUUACCCAGUGAAAAACUUAGCGAAAAUCUGGUUGUUUCUGAUUAAAGACUGUUUUCUGGUUGCCAUGACCCCAAUGACAGAAUUUACACAGGCAAAGUUUAGAUAAAUACAUUCUUAGUUUGGACAUUUUACUGCAGUGAAAUGUUCAUGUGUGUUGACAUCAUGCUAAUGUAGAAAGACAACAUCAGUGGUCCCUGGUAAAUAGCUGAAGGGUCAUUAGAGGAUUUCAUAAAAAUCUGAAAUGUAUCCCACUACAAAGACAGCGAAAAAUAUUGGUCUUUGGUCAUUAAAAGCAAUUAAGAUAUUUGGAUUAGUUUUUUUUAACAAUUGAUAAAUUCAUAUCAGUCUUCAAAGUACUACAGUAAUAGAUACAAUAUUAAGCAUACAAAACUUGACUGAAAAUAUUCCAGUUUUUCAAAAGGAUUGAAGCUCAAGCCUAUUAGUUCUGAAUUAAAAAUUAGAAUAUAGAUAUAUCAAGCCACUCUCCAUACAAAAAAAGUAUUCCAAAGUCCAAUAUGAUGCCAUCUGUCUGACAACUAAAAAAAGGAUCUGAAGAUUGAACAUGCCAGCAAUGAAGCAAUAUGGUAGAAUAUUCUGCAGAAUUACUUAAAAAGAUUUGAGAAACUGCUAAAAGUUGGACAGAAAAAUGAUUAAUAUGAGUUGGUGGUUUUUCAAACACUUUUUAUGGAGAGUUUUUUUCUUUCCAAUUUUGGCUUCAUUUUUUUUUUAAAUAUCAAAAAUAAUAUGGAAUCAGUUGAGUGGUUUUGGACAUGAGAUUACCUUUAAAUAAUUUCUGAAAUAAGAAAUAGAUUAUUUUUAUUAUGUCCUAAUGAGAAAACAAAACUGAGCACUGAGCAUAAUUUACCAAUUCUGUGCUGUUCUCAGUAGAUAGGCUGACUCUUUAUAGAGAAAAUUAUUUCCAAUUUCUCAGAUGAAACUGGAACCAUUUGUGGUUGAACCACACUUUCUAAUAACAGAUCUGCAAAGAAUGUUUUUUUGUCCAAAAUCCUUGCCAUUUUAUCAUCCCUUAUAAUUAAAAGUAAAAGCAGAAACGGUCUUUUGGUAUACAUUUUUAUCUAAGUUCAUAGAAGUUUAUUCAUUUAGCUAGCAGACCUGGUAAA